GUCAGAGGAAGAUCAACCUUGUAGGCAAUCCGUAGAGUCCAUCGAUUUGAGGCUCUUCACAUUCUAGUUCAGUAUCUAGAGUUGAUCCCAGCGUUUGAAUUGUUGGCUUAUUGUUAAAAUUAUUCAAUCCGAAGCAUUAUUCUGAAAGAUAUUUGAAAAAUGGCAGCAAAGUAUCGGAUUGUUAUGGUUCGUCAUGGUGAAUCAGAAUGGAAUCAAAAAAAUCUAUUCUGUGGUUGGUUUGAUGCCAAUCUUAGUGACAAGGGUAAAGAGGAAGCGCUUGCUGCUGGUAAUGCUAUUAAGGAAGCCGGGCUGAAAUUUGAUAUCGCACACACAUCUUUAUUGACGCGCGCCCAGGUCACCUUGAACUCCAUCCUCACCGAAUCUGGUCAAACCAACAUUCCCAUUGAAAAAACCUGGCGUUUGAACGAACGUCAUUAUGGUGGGCUAACUGGUUUAAACAAAUCGGAAACUGCGGCAAAAUAUGGCGAAGAACAAGUUCUGAUCUGGCGCCGUAGCUUCGAUGUGCCACCACCGAACAUGGAACCGGAUCAUGCGUACUAUAAUGCAAUCGUCAAAGACGAUCGCUACAAAGGUGAUCCCAAACCGGAAGACUUCCCAAUGGCGGAAUCUCUUAAGUUGACAAUUGCGCGUACGCUGCCCUAUUGGAACGACGUUAUCAUUCCACAGUUGAAGGCAGGCAAAAACAUUAUCAUCGCAGCUCACGGAAACAGUCUGCGUGGUAUCGUUAAGCAUUUGGAUGAGAUGAGCGAUGAGGCCAUAAUGGGUUUAAAUCUGCCAACUGGUAUUCCUUUCGUGUAUGAAUUAGAUGAGAACCUAAAACCGGUUGUGUCUAUGAAAUUCCUCGGCGACGAAGAAACCGUACGAAAAGCCAUUGAAUCUGUCGCUAACCAGGGCAAAGCUAAGUGAAUCGUAUAAUCUCUCUCACUGUAUUACAGAUAAUGAAUAUUAAAUUAUGAAUAAAUAAUGUAAUGUCCUAGA